AGCGCUCAUCUGCCGCCACCCGGUGGAUAUUCAACGCAGUUAAUCGUGUCGCGCUGAACUGGCAAAACGCUCAUCUGUCACUUCCGGUUCGUCCUCAUCGAAAGAAAUGGCGGACAUGGACGAACUGUUCGGGAGUGAUGGGGACAGUGACAACGAACAAAGAGUGGUCUCAGCAGUGGCGUCUGGCUCUGGUUCAGGUUCUGAAUCUGAGCCGGAGAUGCCCCGGUCCCGUUCCCAUAGUAACGCCUCCGGCAGCGACAGCGGGAGAGAUGAUGAUGAUGAUGGGGGAAAGCCCAACACCAAGGAGCUGUUUGGGGAUGACAGUGAAGAGGAACGCCAAAGCCGACACAGCGACAACCAAUCAAACCUGUCGGAACGCUCAGGAAACCAGUCGGAUGCCAGCAUGCACUCGGAGCCCGAGGACAAUGACCAGUCAGACGCGGAGCAGCACAGUGGGUCGGAGAGAGGGCACCGGGAGGAAGAGGAGGAAGAUGGAGAUCGAAGGUCAGAGGCAGGCAGUCCAGUAUCGGGGGUGGGGAGCCCCAGGUCUGGGAGGGGCAGUGUUCGCUCUGAGAAGAGUAUCCAUAGCGACCCCGGCACCCCCCACUCGGCUCCCGGCACCCCCCACUCCGCGCCCGGCACCCCCCACUCCGCGCCCGGCACCCCCCUGUCAGACCCCGGCACCCCCCUGUCAGACCCCGGCACCCCCCUGUCAGACCCUGGCACCCCCCACUCAGGGCCCGGCACCCCCCACUCAGGGCCCGGAACCCCCCACUCAGAUGGGGAGGGGUCGGGCAAGGAGAACCAAUCAGAUGAUGAAAAGUGGGGAGGAGGGGCUAAGAGUGACCAAUCAGAGGAUGAGGAAGAGGAGGAGAAGAAGCGGCAUCAAUCGGACGAAGAGCGAGAGAAUUCUGAUGAGGACGGGGCGGGGCACAGGAGCAGGAAGAAGUCAGAGUCUGCGAAGGGCAGUGACAGCGAGGAUGACUUCGUCGGACGGAAGAACAAGAAGAUGGCAUCUGCCUCGGACUCUGACAGCGAUGUUGGAGCCAAGAAGAAGAUGGCGGCGUCUGGCUCAGACUCUGACAGCGACGUUGGAGCCAAGAAGAAGAUGGCGGCGUCUGGCUCAGACUCUGACAGCGACGUUGGAGCCAAGAAGAAGAAGAUGGCGGCGUCUGGCUCAGACUCUGACAGCGACGUUGGAGCCAAGAAGAAGAAGAUGGCGGCGUCUGGCUCAGACUCUGACAGCGACGUUGGAGCCAAGAAGAAGGGUAAAGGUAAGAAACCAGCAGCAGACGACCUGUUUGGAGAGGCAGACGACAUCUCAUCAGACAGUGAUGCUGAGAAACCUCCCACUCCAGGACAACCCCUGGACCAAGAGGAUGGUAUGGAAGGGGAGCAGGCUGAGGAGGAGCCCGUCCCAGAGACUCGUAUCGAGGUGGAGAUUCCUAAAGUCAGCACUGAUCUAGGAUCAGACCUCUACUUCGUCAAACUACCCAACUUCCUCUCCGUUGAGCCCAGACCCUUUGACUCCCAGUACUAUGAAGAUGAGUUUGAGGAUGAGGAGAUGUUGGAUGAAGAGGGACGGACCAGGCUCAAACUGAAGGUUGAGAAUACUAUCCGGUGGAGAGCCAAGAAAGACGAGGAGGGGAACGAGAGCAGAGAGAGUAACGCCCGCAUCGUCAAGUGGUCUGACGGCAGCAUGUCUCUCCACCUGGGUAACGAGGUGUAUGAUGUGUUCUGUCUCCACAGCAUGUCUCUCCACCUGGGUAACGAGGUGUAUGAUGUGUUCUGUCUCCACAGCAUGUCUCUCCACCUGGGUAACGAGGUGUAUGAUGUGUUCUGUCUCCACAGCAUGUCUCUCCACCUGGGUAACGAGGUGUAUGAUGUGUUCUGUCUCCACAGCAUGUCUCUCCACCUGGGUAACGAGGUGUAUGAUGUGUUCUGUCUCCACAGCAUGUCUCUCCACCUGGGUAACGAGGUGUAUGAUGUGUUCUGUCUCCACAGCAUGUCUCUCCACCUGGGUAACGAGGUGUAUGAUGUGUUCUGUCUCCACAGCAUGUCUCUCCACCUGGGCUAA